AUGCGACCACUCCUCCACCUCCCCCUCAAAUCCACCCUUCCCAAACUCUUCACCCCCCGUCUCUAUUCCACCGCCACCUCCGGCCGUCCCCAAUUUAUCUCCUCUUUCCAAAUCCCGACACCGCAUUCCAACGGCUCCAUCCGCGUUCUCUCGCUCUGUCGCCCCGAAGCUCGCAAUGCUAUUAGUAUCCAAUUACUGCAGGAAUUGCGCGCCCAUGUAGAUGAUAUCGCGGCGGAAUAUGAUGCGGAUGGGAACGAUAUAAGGAAGGUUAGACCUAAGGGUGAGGAUGGACCGACGAGGGCUUUGAUUAUUACUAGUGAGGUUGAUGGGGUAUUUUGCGCCGGAGCGGAUUUGAAAGAGAGGGCUACAUUUACGCCAGAGAUGACCCAGACAUUUCUCCAUAAUCUCCGCGAGACAUUUGGCAGACUGUCCGCUCUCCCGAUCCCAACCAUCUCCGCCAUUUCUUCAGUGGCUCUCGGUGGUGGUCUCGAAUUGGCUCUUUGUACACAUAUGCGGGUUCUGGCUUCCACAGCUGUAGUCGGAUUACCCGAAACUCGACUUGGUAUAAUUCCGGGUGCGGGUGGAACCUAUCGACUCCCGGCCUUGAUAGGUGUAGGACGAGCGCGGGAUCUAAUAUUGACCGGGAGGAGAGUCAGUGGUGCCGAAGCUUAUUUUCUAGGGAUAGCGGAUCGAUUGGUAGAGGUUAAGGAGGAUGAAGGGGAAGCUAGUGGGGAAGGGAAAGACAAGGGAGAUUUGAUGAAGAGGGCUAAAGAGGCGGUUUUGAGGGAGGCGGUGCAUCUUGCGGGUACGAUUUGUGAGGGGGGUCCGGUGGCGACGAGGAGUGCGUUGAAAGCUGUGGGUUGGGCGAGAGAGGAUGUUGAAAAUGAAAUGUAUGGGAGGGUGGUAGGGACUGAGGAUAGGUAUAAGGCGUUGGUUGCAUUUAGAGAGAAAAGAAAGCCUGUUUUUAAGGGAAGAUGA